AUGGCUCGCAAGUUCUUCGUCGGCGGCAACUUCAAGAUGAACGGAUCUGUUUCCGCCAUCAAGGAGAUUGUCCAGAACCUGAAUAACGCUACCCUCGACUCCAACACCGAGGUCGUCGUCUCCCCUCCUGCCAUCUACCUCCAGCUCGCCCGCGACCAGCUCCGCAAGGACGUUGAGGUGGCCGCCCAGAACGUCUUCGACAAACCCAACGGUGCCUUCACCGGCGAGAUCAGCGUCUCCCAGCUCAAGGACAGCAACAUCAACUGGGCCAUCCUCGGCCACUCUGAGCGCCGCACCAUCCUCCGCGAGUCCGACGAGGUCGUUGCCUCCAAGACCAAGUACGCCACUGAGAACGGCGUCGGCGCCAUCUGGUGCUGCGGUGAGAGCCUCGAGGAGCGCGAGGCCGGCACCACCGUCGAGGUCGUCAGCAAGCAGCUUGCUGCCCUCAAGGCCGCCAUCUCCGACUGGUCCAAGGUCGUCAUUGCCUACGAGCCCAUCUGGGCCAUCGGCACUGGCAAGGUCGCCACCAACGACCAGGCCCAGGAGGUUCACGCCGCCAUCCGCGCCUGGCUCAAGAAGGAGGUCAGCGACAAGGUUGCCGACGAGACCCGCAUCCUCUACGGCGGCAGUGUCAACGAGAAGAACUGCAAGGACCUCGCCAAGGAGAAGGAUAUUGACGGUUUCUUGGUCGGCGGUGCCUCCCUGAAGCCUGGCUUCGUCGACAUUGUCAACGCCAAGCAGUAA